AUGUCCACGAAUCAGUAUCUGCAAACUUUAACCACCAACGCCACGCGACUCGGUACACGGAUACAGGAAUCGCUUUCUGAGCAGGCGCGGGAGCUUGCUGCUGUGCGAGGUGUCGUUGGGGGGAGUUCGAGUGCGAGUUAUUUGGACAAUGUGGGGAUGGGAGUGGGUACGGCGGAGGAGAGGGCCAAGUUGACGGCGAGUAUCAAACGACAGUUGGAGAGCGGGAGUGAGAGGGAGAAAUUGGAUGCGUUGAGACGGUUGUUGGCUCUCACGAGCAAAUCCCAUCCACCAUCGUCCCUGACCCUCACCUUUUUCCCGCAAGUCGUCAAGCUCGUCGCCUCUCCCUCGCUCGAAAUACGCAAGCUGACGUACAUCUACCUGCUCCACCACUCGCCUUACGACCCUGAUCUUGCCCUGUUGUCGAUUAAUACGUUCCAGAAGGACUUGAGCUCAGAUCCGAACCCGGUGAUUAGGGCGAUGGCGUUGAGGGUGCUGAGCGGGAUGAGAGUCCCAAUGGUGGGAGGGGUGGUGGUGCUUGGGAUUGGAAAGUGUGCUGCAGACAGGAGCGCGUAUGUGAGGAAGGUAGCAGCGCUCGGGGUUGUUAAAUGUUUCCAGUUGGAUCCAAGUCAUCUGCCUACCCUUCUCCCGAUCUUGACGCAGACCCUCCUUUCGCCUUCUGCCUUCUCCCCGCUCUGUAUCGGUGCAACUGUAUACGCGUUUAAUACGCUAUGUCCAGGACCCGACAUCGAGCGCCUCAGUUUGAUCCAUAAACACUACAGAAAACUGUGCAAGGUGUUGAUAGAUGUGGAUGAGUGGGGCCAAGUGGAAGUGAUGCGGUUGUUGGUGCGCUAUGCGAGGGCGAUGUUGGCAAAGCCUCGGGUAUCGAGAAAGACGGGUUCAAGGGAGCAAACACCAGAAGGGAAGGGUACCAAAGGGAAUGAAGAAGAUGAAGAAGAGAUUGACAAGGACCUUCAAUUGCUUUUCGAUUCGGUGGAGCCUACGUUCCAGUCGAGGAACCCCGCGGUGGUGGUUGCUGCCACGAGGGUGUUCUACUAUCUUGCCCCGAGGAGGAAGUGGGUUAAAUUUGUGAACCCCCUGUUGAGGUUUGUGAAUGGUGUUGGAGGUGGGAUGGAGAGGACGACUGUGCGCUAUGUGAGAGGUCUUACGAGUGACGGGGCUGUUGCUCCACUUUUCGCCCCGUUCCAUGCUCGAUUCUUCAUCCGCAUGUCUAGUGAUUCUUUACCACUCAAGAAAGACAAGAUCCGUGUGCUACUCAAUCUCGUUACCCCAUCAAUGUCAACAUCAGAGACGACAAGUAAUGAUCACAUUCACGAUCUCUGGCCCGUGAUACUGCGCGAGCUCGAGUCGUAUGCGGAUGAUACGAAUGACGAGGUUGUGGGAGAUGCGAUCAAGGGUAUUGGGGUUCUUGCCAGGGUUGUGGGGAGACUGGAUGGAGGAGAGGUAGCAAAGACGUGCUUGGAGAAACUUGUAGGGAUGAUUGCGAGUCCGUAUGACGUGGUUGUCAACAAUGCGGUUCAGGUCCUCAAGGAGCUCGUUCAUAUCCAACUCGUGGAUCAACUUAGGACGGGACAUGGUUGGAGUGCAGGCGGGCAGAUGGGAGCACUUUCGAUUGUCAAUCAUCUGGCGAGGAAGUUUGACGAUAUCAAGCACGCAGAAGCUCGGGCUUGUAUCGUGUGGUUGGUCGGACAGUAUGCUGCUGCAGGAGAAGGAGGCACGAAUGGGAUCGAUGGGAUUGUUGAUUGGGCACCGGAUGUGUUGAGGAAGGGAGCCAAGUCGUUCGCGUCGGAGGAACCGAUUGUCAAGCUGCAGCUUGUAACUCUAGCGGGCAAGUUGGCUGUCCUGCCGAAACCUGUCUCACCAGUGUUGGUUGACGGCCAGGAAACGUUAACGCCAGAGAUGCAGCAGCAGAAGGAGAAGCAGAGAAAGUUGGGGCUGUUGGUCAAGGAUCGAACGAGGAUAGUAUGGGGAUUGGUGAGGGGUGUUGUCAAGACGCUCCUGGGAAGUGACUAUUACGCUCCGGAUGAUGAGGAUGAAGAUGGGGAUGCUUGGGAACGGAGGGAACGGGAGGGUGGCGUGGUGUUGAGGAGAGAACAAGUGAAGGUCGUGUUGUUUGAAGGGAAGGAUGUCUCGGUGGAUGAGAAAUGGGGUAAAGAGGAGGGAUUGGUGGGUAGUGUGAGGAUGUUCUCUCCUGGUCCUGGCUACUCUCGGUCGUUCGAGCUGGAGGAGGAAGAAGAGAAGGAGGAAGAGUAUGGUUCUGGGACUGGUACAAGGUAUUUUGUCGACGAAGACGUGCCGGAGUGGAUGGAGAAGGGUGUGGAGAGUAGUUUGAGGGAUUCGGAAGACGAUCAGUAUGUUUCUGGAAGACCUGAAGUCACUGCUCUGGGUUCCGGAGGGAUUGGGAGUGGUGGGAUGGGUGCGAGAGCAGGUGGGCAUGGAGGACAAGGAAAGGUUGUCCUCGUACCGACGAAUUUCUCCGGCACGAAUCCUUCGCCGUCUGGAUCUGCAAGUGUGUCUGUUGCCUCGGGUUCAGCGCCUGGGACCCCUGGGUUCGGACAGAGUGAAGAAAAGAAGAAGUGGAAGGAUUUGGAUGCAUUUUAUGCUGAGAGUAGUAGCAGUGAGGAGGACGAAGAGGAGGAGGACGAAGAGGAGGAGGACGAAGGGGAGGAGAGCGAAGAACCGGGUGAAGAGGAUGAAGAGGGUGAAGAAGCAGAGGAAAGCGAGGAUGAAGAGGAAAGCGAAGAGGAGGAAAGUGAGGAGGAAAGUGAGGAGGAGGCAGGGCUAAUUAGACGCUAA